ACCUUCAGUUUACUCGAAACUUGUCUCAACGUCUAAAGCUAAUAAUAAUACGUACCUCGAACUCUACAUCACCAUGAGUGUCGUCGCUGCCGAAUCGCGAGGUUUCAUUGACUUUUACACAAAGUCUGGCUCUACCAACGGGGCCAAGAUUGCGAUUAUUCUCAACGAGCUUAGCCUCACGUACCGACUUCAUAAGGUUGACAAAGCACCAAAGGAUACAGAGGCAUAUCGCGCAAUCAGUCCCAACAGUCAUUUCCCAGUCGUAGUAGACAUCCAUCCCGAUGGUUUCAAGGUCUCUCUCGACCAAACUGGUGCCAUUGCACAGUACUUGAUUAAUGAAUACGACCAAGACCAUACCAUAUCUUUUCCCAAACGGUCACCUGAAGAGAUCGAGGCGACCAACUGGUUCUUUUUUGGAGCGUCGCGUGUAGCUCCUUCUCACGACGAGGCAGUCCACUACAAGAAGGAAGCCCCUGAAACCAUUCCGUACAGCAUUGACCGAUUCCAAAACAAGACCCUGGGUCUAUUCUUUGCACUGGAACAGCGUUUAGAAAAAACGGGUGACUAUCUCGUGGGGCAUAAAUUCUCAAUCGCAGACAUUGCUCAGAUUCCGUUCGUCGUCGCUGCUGAAGAGGCCGGAAUCAACAUAGAACGAUUUCCAUACUUAACAUCCUGGUAUGAAAAGGUUCUAUCACGUCAGGGUGUUAAGAAAGGACUCUCCGUUGCUGGAAUUGAAUUUUCGGCGUAGGUUUUUCUUUUCCUUUUUUUCUCUGGAUUUUAAGCAAUUUGAAUGUCGGUGUUUGCUUGCAAUGAUGAUAAAUGUUACUCUGAUUAAUGAAACUUCUAUUUUAACCACCC